CUAUUAACACCGAUAUUCCUUCGAAUUUCUUUCCAUCAAACACUGGUCUUUCAAAUAUUCUACCAUCAGACACUGGUCUUCCGUCAAAUCAUUUCUCUAUGAACACCGAUAUUCCCUCGAAUAGUUUCCCAUCAAACACUGCACUUCCUUCAAAUCAUUUCUCUAUCAACACUGAUAUUCCUUCAAAUAGUUUGCAAUCAAAUACUGAUCUUUCUUCAAACCUUUUCACAAUGAACACCGAUUUUCCUUUAAAUGUCUUUCCAUCAAACACUGAUUAUUCUUCAAAUAUUUUCACAAUGAAUACCGAUCUUCCCUCUAAUAUCUUAACCGCAAACACUGAUCAUCUUACAAAUAUCCUACCAUCAAACACUGAUCUUCCCACAAAUGUUUUCACAAUGUAUACCGACCUUCCCUUUAAUACCUUACAAACAAACACACACUUUACUUCAAAUCUAUUCUCAACGAACCUCGAUCUUUCCUCUAAUGUUUUACGCUCCAACACUGAUCUUUUAACAAAUAUUUUACCAUCAACCACAGACUUUCCUUCCGAUCUGUUGCUUACCAACUCCGAUUUUCAAACAACAUACACUGAUUUUCUUUCAGUUGUCUUACCAUCAAAUAGUCAUCCACAAUCUUAUCUCCUCGCAACGAACACUGAAUUCUCUUCGAAUAUCUUCCAAUCCAAUGUUAACCUUCCUUCAAAUUCUUUCCUAACCAACAACCUUGAAUCUGCUACAAUUUCCCCGACAGAAACUACCUCACCUGGCGCAUCCGCCUCGGCACAGGUAGCUACAUCUACAAGUACUGAUGCAACCCCAACAAUAUCGACAACCGCAUCAACACUUACAACUCCAAUAACAACAACAAACACUUACACAAUCCCAACCGCAACUACUACUACAACUCAGACUACUAUUACAACUCCGUCGAUGACUAUCUCAAUUCCAACAACUACUCUAUAUACAACUACAGUAACUGGUACAACUGAAUCAACCACUUCUUCAACUCCGUCGACAACAAUAACGACUCCAACCAUUAGUACAAGUUCGUUCAUAACUGCGACAAUUCCAACAAUUACUACAACCCAGUCGACAACUACGACAACUCCAACCACUUCUACAACUCAGUCGACAACUACGAUAACUCCAACAACUACUACAACUCCACAGUCGACAACUACGAUAACUGAGAUCAGUACUACAACUACCUCGACAACAACAACUGAUACAACUGAAUUAACAUCUACCACCACUAAUCCAACAACUACUACAACUCCACCUGCUACCACUACUACUACUACAAUUACAUUACCAACAACUACAGCCGCGUUACCUCCCACUGUCCGCCUGGUAAACGGUUUCUCCGCCUCUUCUGGUCGCGUGGAGGUGAUCCACAAUGACACGUGGGGGACGGUGUGUGAUGACGGCUGGGACAACAAUGAUGCCGGGGUUGUCUGUCGGAUGCUUGGAUACAAUUAUGGUACUGCCAUUAAAUUUGGCGUUUUCGGAGAAGGAAAUGGCACUGUAUGGAUGUCAGACGUCAAUUGUGCGGGGUCCGAGUCAUAUAUACAAAACUGUAACUUCAACGGAUGGGGGUCUUCGUGCAGCCAUAGCCAGGAUGCGGGCGCCAUUUGCUUCGACAGCACUGACACAAGCGAUUUUGAAGUACGUCGUGGGGACUCGAAUCGCGUUGAAGUAUACCACAGUGGUCGGUGGGGCUACGUCGGAGGAUGGUCAUGGGACGAUGACGAUGCAAACGUUGUCUGCGUCAUGCUAAACUUCAUCUCAGGGACGGCUUCAACAGUUGACCACUUUCACGGACAGAACAACCGUCAACAGCCAACAUGGAUGGACAACUUACAGUGUGGGGGUACGGAAUCCUCUCUCGUCAACUGUCAGUUUGACGGAUGGGGAGUAAUGGUGUCAGGCUACAACAGUUCGUAUCAGAACGCGGCAGCAGUCAACUGUUCAGACCAACCUGAUUUUGAUUCCGGAGCUACAAGUCCUCAAUUCAGCUGGAUUAUAGUAAUCUUGGGAUAUUUCCUUGCUUUCUGCUAUUGUCCUUCGUCACUGCUUCUGUAACAAAGUUUCAGGGUUUUUUAAUAUCUUAAGAAAUUAAACUUUGGACAUAGAGGAAGCAUGAGCGUGUUACUAUUGAAACACGUACGAUAGCUUAAUUUGUCACUAUAUUACUACAGUAAAUUCAGAUAGACGUCGAGAUAAAUUUCCCAAAUAUCAAUUUUCGGAAGAAUGAAGUUCUUCAAUAUUAUACAACUCGGUAUACAGAAGCAGAGAUAAUUGCUUCUUCCAGAAACCUUUUGUAUAUGGCGUUAAAACAAACAUAAUCAGACAUAUGGUCUGUUUUCGAAUACUGUCUGAAGCACAUUCACAGACAUACAUAUAUAUAUGUUCUGGUUUAUCAUACUGUUUGAAGCAUAUUAAGAGACAUGUAUAGCCAUAUCUAUGUUCUGUUUUCGAAAAUUUCACUUAGCGUUACAGCAAACAUAGUCAGACCUAUGUACUGUCUGAAGCACAUUAGCAGACAUAGUCACAUCUAUGUUCUGUUUUCGAAUAAUGUCUAAAGCAUAUUAACAGACAUAGCCAUAUCUACGUUCUGUUUUUUAAUAUUCCCCUAAGCGUUACAACAAACAUAGUCAGAUCUAUGUUCUGUUUUCAAAUACUGUCUGAAGCAUAUUAACAGACAAAGCCAUAUUUAUGUUCUGUUUUUUUAAUACUCCUGUAAGCGUUUAUAACAAACAUAGUCAUAUCUAUGGUCCGUUUUCGAAUACUGUCUGAAGCGCAAUAACAGACAUUGCUACAACUAUGUCCUGUUUUCUGACAAACAGAGUUAUUACAUUCGGGGACUUUGGUGUUUGAAGGUAAACCAUCCAGUUCAGUAAUGUUGGGGCUAGUGGAGAUGCUUUGUAGUAAGUAAGAUUUGGAGUGAUUGACAGUAUUACAAUCAAUCAUUGUGUCUUUGGUCAAAAAGUUGUAUAUUUGAUAGAAAAUCUUAUUUCGUUUAUUUAAUAUAACACUGAAUAUCUACGUACUACGAGAGAUGUUCGUUCUAGAAGUAAUUUGCAAAAUCUUUCUGUUAGAUCCUUUUGAUAAGGGUUUUAAUGUAAUACUAUCUCAAAUAGAUAUAAUUACGAGAUUGCAUACGACUAUUUAAACAGCAUUUUAUUGCGUUUAAUAUGAUUUUGUUUACCUUUAUAAGGAUUAUAACACAUGUACUUCAUAUUGUGUCCUAAUAUUGAAACGACUGUGGCUAAUUAAGCCCGGGACAAUUUAAACUAUUCCAUCAAUAACUACCAUGACGCCGCAUGUACUAUCAUAUUCAUCAUCAGAUACAGCCAUGACCAAAUUUUUUAUUUCAUUCAAAAUCAAUGGGUCGGAAAGGCCUCAGUUUUUAUGUUACAAUGAAAAUGAAAUCAAAAUUUAAAUUCAUAGUCAGUAGUCAGCUUGUACAGUUGUAUCCGAAUUACAUUUUUUUUUACCAAAUUCUAAAGAUAUAAACUUAUUAUCUUAAUUACAUGUAUAAUGACACCUUUAAAUUUUUGUUGGUUUAAAUGUUACUUUUAUUAGAAAAUACACAAUUCAUUAAAUAUAUAUACCUAUAUAUUACCACCCUUUUUUCUAUAAAUAAUAUGUAUGUCCACUGUUGUUAUAAAUGGUUAAAUUUAAUUGGUGACCUUUUGGAUACUUUACGGUAUUUUAUGGUACAAAUCAUGAUAUGCAUAUAUCUUGUUUUCAUUUCGGGUUGAAAUGGACAUUUUGAAAUUACAUAAUCAUUAUGUUUUCAGAAUUUUCUGUUAGAUAUACUUACUAACAUCCACGUACAUUAUAUAUAUAUAUUUGAUUUAAUCUUCGCCUUCAGAUGAUACGCAUUGCAGAUUCUUUGCAGAUAAUUUUUUUUUAUGAAUUAUUGUGACACGUGAAUGAGUUUAUAAAUUUUCAAUGAAGAGAAGGAUUUUAAGCUGUUCCGUUAUGGCUUCAACAUCAAAGUCAACUUUCAUAAUACAUGUGUAUGUAUAUUAAGUUGGCAGUGUUUGUUGACCGAGAAUAAUUCAAGACAUUUGCGAAUAUGUGAUAUAAUAAUUUAUUAUCUAUUUUAUUUUAGAAAAAGCUGGUCUUUUUUGCGUAACUGUUAUUUCUGCAACACUUGUUUUUGUAGCAUUGUUCAUUUAUAAUAUUAAAAGAAAUGCUUAUAAUGUGUA